AUGACGGAAUUUUUACAGGACAAACAUUUUCAGCCAUCUCCUCAUUUUGUUAUGAGUAUUGGUACAAUUAAUUUGAAAUAUGGCGAUCCUGGUAUUGCAUUAAACAAAACAAAACUACUCGCCCAGUCAUUCAAAAAAUCUUAUCCUCAAUCUUCAUUAGCAUUAACAACAUUGUCUUCUCUUCUUAUUCGUGGCACUAAAUAUUCAGUUGAUCAUGUGCGUGAUGAUAUUACGGAAUAUAAUCGGUUGUUGACCUCUAUUGAUGGUGUUGAUAUUAUCAAAGUGAACUGUGAGGACAGAUCUAUUGUAUAUGAAGAUGGUAUCCAUUUGAGUGACUCAGGAACUCGUGAGUUAAGUCGCUCGAUUGACGACUAUUUUUCGAGGCAUAUUUAG